AUGUCCCGACAUCAAUUUGAUUUGGUUAUGUGCAUGAAGCAACCAGGCACCCACAUAGGUUUAUUGUGUGAGAAAUGUGAUGGUAAAUGCCCCAUAUGUGAUUCUCAAGUUAAUCCCAAAUACAAGGUAAGGAUAUGUGAUUCCUGUUCAUUCGGUAAACAAGGGAUAUCGUGUAUAAUAUGUAAUACAGGGAAAGGUGUAGCAGAAGCCUUUUACUGCUGGGAAUGUUGUAAAUUAGAGAAGAAUAAAGAUGGUUGCCCCAAGAUUUUGAAUAUCGGUAGUAAUAAAUUGGAUAGGCAUUUCGAUAAGAAGGCUAUAGAGUAA